UCCCAGCGCGUUUUUUCCCGGCAGCAAACGAAUCGACAACUUCAGACUCCUGUUCAGGCUGUUGCAACUUCAACGUGUUCAGAAAGAUCUUUAUACAUUGAUUAAUCAACAUGUCGUACGCAGGAAAACCCAAAGUGCAGAAGGUUAUGGUGCAACCUAUCAACCUGAUAUUCAGGUACCUGCAAUCACGAGCUCGUGUUCAAGUCUGGCUCUACGAGAAUCAAAAUCUGCGCAUUGAAGGCCACAUCAUCGGCUUUGACGAGUACAUGAACGUCAUGCUGGACCAGGCUGAAGAAGUGCAUAUGAAGAAAGGCACCAGAAAAACAGUUGGUCGGAUAUUGCUGAAGGGUGAUAACAUCACACUGAUCCAGAAUAGCAAUCCUGAAAUCGAUGUGUCAGGUGGACUGUGAUAGAUCCGAUGCGUUUAAAUCUGUUCAGUUUAAAUAGUUUUAAUAUUUUCAUGUAUCAGUUAACUUCAAACUUCAUGAUGACAAAUAUUCAAUUAUGUU